UCAAGUCAAUGAAAAGCAAAACGAAAGAGGGAAGAAGGAAAGUUGAAAGAGAAUAAGAGAUGAAGAAUGUUACGCCAAGAGUCCAGCGUGGCCGCGUGGGGUAGUAGCAUACACGCGCCAGCGUUACUGAGAUGACUUAACUGUACUACACACUAAACCGGUAUAUAUAGCGUUUUAGGCUUUUAGCUGAAUUCAUAGCUACCACAGCACUCUUUCACUCACUAAACUCAUUUUCCAAAAACCAAAAAUUAACACCUGUCCCUUCGUUUUCCCAGACAGAGUAACCACCACAAUGGGCGAGGAGAAGAAGAAAAGCGAGGGAGGAGAAAACAAUGUGGUGUUGAAGGUGGAUUGCAGCUGCGAUGGCUGCGCUUCCAAGAUCAGACGCUGCCUCCGCUCUUACCCCGGCGUCGAGAACGUCAAGGCGGAGAGCGACACUGGCAAGAUAACCGUCACCGGAAAAGUUUCAGAUCCCGCCAAAAUGAAGGAGAAGCUUGAGGAGAAGCUCAGCAAGAAGGUGCUUCUUAUCUCUCCUCAGAUCAAGAAGGACAAAAAUAACAAAAAUGGCGACCAUAAUAAUAAGGAGAACAAAAGCGACGGCGAUAAUAAGGAGAAGAAAUCCAAAGAGAAAGAGAAAGAGACUCCGGUAAUGACGACGGCGGUUCUGAAGGUGGCACUUCACUGCCAGGGAUGCGUCGACAAAAUCCGGAAAACUGUCUCCAAAACCAAAGGAGUGAAUGAAAUGGAGAUAAACAAAGAGAAAGAGACGGUGACAGUGCAGGGGACCAUGGACGUGAAGGCUCUGGCUGCGAAUCUAACGGAGAAGCUCAAGAGGAAGGUGGAGGUGGUCCCACCUAAGAAACCAGACAACAAGGAGAACAAUGGUGGUGGUGGUGAUGGCAAGAAGAACAAGGGAGGCGGUGGUGGUGGUAAUAAUAAUAAUGAAGAAAUGGUGAUGAUGGAGCAGAAUAGAAUGGAGUAUAUGGCAGCUCCACAUGUUCUAUUUCCAUCUGGAUAUGCUCCUGUUAUGUAUCCACAUCAUCCUGGCGGUUACAGCGGUUACAGCUAUAUGCCUGUGUAUACGUACCCGGAGCAGUUUCACUUGCAUGCACCACCACCACCACCUCAGAUCUUCAGUGAUGAGAACCCACAUGCUUGCUCUCUCAUGUGAUCAUCCUCAUCGUCAUCAUGGUUAUCAUCAUGCUCUUUAGGGAUACCCAAUAGAGACACUCUAUU